GACUUUCCGCCAAUGUUGCUGCGCCUGCAUCGGCUGCCCAGAGUGGCUUCCUCGUUCUGGAUCGACUGCUCCAGGUUGGAAGGCUUCAGUCUCAUUACGGGCAAGAUCAAGUGCUGGAUCAUGAAAGCCGGCUUCAAGCUGGCGCUCAAGCUGAGAGGGGUGAGGGACCGGAUGCCGCUGGACCACACCUGCGAGGCCAUAUAUUUUAUUCUGGACCGGAAGAAGCGGCAGUGGUGGAAAUGCUGCCGGCAAGUGAUUCCCCCCUUGAUCUUUGCGUGUCAGGAAGUGGAGCCCACCGGUUGGUACGCGCAGCGAAACGAACAUGGAGUCACGAUGCCUUUCAGCCAUGAGGAUGCGCAGAUGUGCUUUCGCGAGAAGAGCUCGCCGGAUCAGAAUUGUCCAAUGCUGUUCUGUGACAACAUCCGGGAGAACUGCGUGACCGUGGGCGAGAUGGGCAAGGAUGCGAGCUGGCUCGUACCCAAGAAGCCGAAGGGCAAGUUGUCCUUGCUGGACAGAAUCAAGGGCUUCCUCGGAAACAUGCACAUACCGGAUGUUCAAGUCUAUCACUGGACCAUGCCACCCGUGCUGCUGCUGACUCCCCAGGAGGUUCGGGCUCUGCCACAAAGGAGAAGCGCAGACUUCCUGUAG